AUGGCGGCGGUGAAUCCCGUGCUUGCACUGGUGAGCCGAGCCGAUGCAUUGGCAAAUGGUGCGUUUGGAGCGCGACUUAUGCCAGGUUUUCAGCAUGUGUAUCAGCAGAUGCUCCCUGUCGUCGACGCCGUUGCACAGCUGCACCCCGACGAUGAGCAAUGUGAGCCCUAUGUCCGCAUUAUUCGCGACGGGCUCAUGGCGAUGGAGCAGCACACGGAGGAAAUGGUAAACAUGCUGUAUAAUGUAGACGUACUGACCGCCCCAUCGGCAACGCAAUCCGUCGCUGGCUUCAACCCCCAAGAAGCCCUCGCGCACAUUUCCGAUCUCUUCCACGUGCGUACGCCAACGUACUUACGGCAGAGCUAUCAAGCAGAGCUCUUGGUUAAGCGCGAGUCUUUCGCAGACUAUACGUGCGAGGAAAUUUCACCGGCGCAAUUUGCACAGCAAUGGCGCACCUUGAACGAAGUGGACCAUGGACGCAAGCAAGAGAUGGACGACCUUGCAGACUUGCUGGCCAACUUUGGGUAG